GCCAUCAAAUAUUUUCCUUUGAUUGCUUCACCAAAUUAUUUAUUCUUCUCCACCUCAAAUAAGUACAAGUGCUCCAAAUUAAAUUUCAACUAGGGUACGCCUCUUCAAUCUCUCACUCUUUGCAUCCACCUCUACAAUUUUCGCCGCUACGGUUAUCGAUCUAUUACUAUUAUUCAAAGAUGGUUGAUGUUCAUCAUACUGAUAAGCUCCAGGAAUCUGAAGCCAAGUUUGGAUUUAUUGUCAUGGAUUACAAUGGCGCUGUGUUUGGGACCUUGAGUGGCAAUACAAGAGAAGUGCUUCACAAGUUCGUUGUAUAUCUUCCAAAGAAAUAUGGAAGAGGAGGGGUACCAGUCCUACGGUUUUCCCGUGUUCGUAUGGAGAAACGUCAUAACUAUGUGAAGAAGACUGUUGACCUUGCAACACAGUUCUAUAUCAAUCCUGCUACCAGCCAGCCUAAUGUUUCUGGAUUAAUACUUGCUGGUUCUGCUGAUUUCAAAACUGAGCUUAGUCAGUCAGAUAUGUUUGAUCCCCGUCUUCAGGCAAAAGUACUUGGUGUUGUAGAUGUAUCCUAUGGAGGGGAGUAUGGAUUUAAUCAGGCUAUUGAACUAUCUUCUGAAAUUCUGUCCAAAGCAAAUUUUACUCAGGAGAAAUGCUUGAGUGAAUAAUUGUAGUUAUAACAAAUAUUUAGGCAUCUUUUUCCUACUUUCAUUCUCACAUUUGAGAUAUAAAUUACUAGUAAAACACAGAAUUUCGUUUUAA